AAGUUUUUGCCGCAGGACAGCGCACUCGCACACUUGAUCGUUUUCUCUGGGUCGUUGGAGCGGUGGGCUCGGAAAAAUGCAGGGAGGGGCGUGACGUGUCGGCCGGCUCGAGACUCCCGUCGGCUGGGAGAAAGGCCGCGGCCGAGGGGGAGGGACGAGGAACUGCAGCGCCGAAAAAAGUUACACUAAAAUGGCUUCCUUUGCUCUGGGGGAAGGAGUGCACACAGAGAACACGCCGGAGAAGUCGACUCAGGAGCCCGGCAAGCUGAAGGAGGAGAAGACGGAGGCCGAGGAUGUUUCCGAGCAGCUGCUACAAAGUUUGCAGAGUUCGGCGCUCAGCUUUUCCACGGACCAGGUGGCGUGUCUGUGCGAGGCGCUGUUGCAGGCGGGCAACGUGGAGCGCCUCUGCAGAUUCCUCUCCACCAUCCCUCCGUCAGCCGAGCUGCUACGUGGCAACGAGACCCUGCUGAAGGCCCAGGCGCUGGUCGCCUUCCACCGGGAGCAGUACAAGGAGCUGUACACCAUCCUGGAGAGCCACGAGUUCCACCAGAGCAACCACAGGUUCCUGCAGGACCUCUACCUGCAGGCGCGCUACAAAGAGGCGGAGAGGUCCCGGGGUCGCAGCCUGGGCGCCGUGGACAAGUACCGGCUCAGGAAGAAGUUCCCGCUGCCCAAGACCAUAUGGGACGGCGAGGAGACGGUGUACUGCUUCAAGGAGAAGUCUCGCAACGCGCUCAAAGAGUGCUACACGAGCAACAGGUACCCGACACCGGACGAGAAGAGAAACUUGGCCAAAAUCACGGGGCUUUCGCUCACGCAGGUCAGCAACUGGUUCAAGAACCGCCGACAGAGGGACCGAACUCCGUCCGGCACCAACAGCAAGAGCGAGUCUGAUGGCAACCACAGCACAGAGGAUGAGGGCAGCAGGUGUGGCCUUGAAGACAACACAGUGACAUCCUUGUCCCAGGAUGACCCUGGCUGCUCAACUGCUUCUCUUAUAUCAAUCUCCAGCAGCCCCUGCAGCACAGGAGGCCAGCUGCUCCUCAAUGGCACAGGGGGUUUCAUUACUGCCCCGCAUCCAUUGCUCCUCAAUGGAGGUUCCCUUUUAUCAGGGACAGGAAGUGGGGUCAUUAUUAAUGGCCUAGCCUUGGGUGAUGGCCAUACCAUCACACUGAGUCCUGUAACUGCCAACCCCCCAUUGCUUCUGAAUGGGACUCAGGUCAUUCCCAAACCUGCCAGCAGUGUGGGGGAUCUGGCAUCAGAGCAGCCAGCAGUUACCACGGUGCCUGCACAGACCAGUCUACCCACUAUUGUCCUCAACACUAACAAUAACGUCAGUGCGUCCAUCUCCCUCCCGCUGCCUCAGGAUGCCAAGGUAGCUGAUAGCAGCACUAGCACCUCCGUUCUCCCCACAGUGGACUUUAUGAGCUCCCUCACCGUCCAGGAAGGUCUGGCCACAAAGGGAGAAGACCCUCAGACCUUAUCCUCUACCUCAGUAUCUUCCUCUUCAUCCUCUUCCACCCUGUCAUCCCCUAGUUCACUCAAUUCUUUUGUUUUGGGACAAAAAGCAAAACUCUCUGAGGGUCAAACCCUCCAACCUGCUGUGUCUCAACCAGUCCUGGUCCAAUCCAACCAGGUGCCACCACUGCCCACCCAGCAGCCUGAGAUAGUGGUGUUUGCCACUGCUGCAUCCCAGCUCUCCUCCAACGGUCAGAUCUGCCAGGUGGUGUCAUCGUCGUCGUCUUCUUCCUCUGCGCAGGUGCUCUCUCUGCCCCAGGUGGUCCCCUCUAUCCAAGGAAUUCCUGUUUCCCAGCUAGUUCAGCAUGCCAACUCACAGGUGUCUCCCUGUCCCCAGCUUGUCCCAGUGUCUCCCCUUACAUCCCAGCUGCCCCAGGGUUCCAUACCCAGCUUUCAAGCACAGGCGUUCCACCUUGCCCCUAGCCUCACGCAGCCCCAGCAGCAGGCUGGGUCGUCUUCUGCUGGAGAUGGUGCUGUGGCAAUUUCCCAGGUAGCACCAGCUCAGGCCCACCAGGGUUUGACCCUCCAGCUGGGUGACCAAGUGGCUUCAACAUCUGCCCUCCCACAGGCACUUCAGGUUCCUGGGGCCCAGAUCAUCCCAAUUUCCUCUCCCACACAAGUUGUGCCUGUUUCCCAGUCUGCACACACAGCCCCAUCCCAGUUGGUCUCUCUACCUGUGCCUCAGCUCCUUCCUGUGACCUCCAUGGCCACAGUUUCUCCAGGACCCCUGUCCUUUUCACAGGUGGUCCCAACAGCCCCUUCCCUGUCAUUUUCCUCACCUGGAGGCACUUUCCAGAUCCUCACUUCAAGCACCGGAGCAGGUACAGGUGUGACCCAAGGACCUUUUAGAGUGAACCAGCCUCUGCAGAAUGUUGCAGCUCCAGCUACUGGUUCCACAGGGGUCCAGCUGCUCAGUCCUGGAGUCUUCCAGCUUCCCAGUGCCACUCCAGCAGGGAACCUCCUUUUGGCUGGAGGUGUAGGUGGUAACCCUAUACUCACGGGCCUAAGCAUCCAGCAGGGUAAACUGAUUUUGACUCUCCCUGCUGGGGUCCAGUUUGCCAACGUUCCAGCUAAGCCUACGGCUGAGGGCUCUGCCCCUAGCAAUGGUGGCAUUGCCCUCACUCCUGUCAUUUCUCUUGCACCAACCCUGCCUACGUCCACCAACUCCUUCCAGCCCUCAGAGUGUUCCCUUGGGCUAAUCAGCUCCUCCGCUCUCUACUCCAGCCCUGAACAAGGGACCCAUGCCAUCUCUGCCCCUGCAGCCACCCCAGACAGCCUUCAUCCGUCCACCAUGCCCACUUUAGCCAGCAGCCUGCCCGUCCAGCAAACCCUGAGCCCAAAGAGCAUCCUCACCCUGAGCCCUGUGUGCACCGGUGUGCCCACCACCUCGGAGCUGCCUCAGCCUGCUUGGAGCCCCGUGCCUUUGUCUACGUCCACAGGCCUCAGUCUGUUUGAUGUACGGGGUAAGGGGGACCUGCCGGAGGAGUCAGCAUUACUAGGCCUUUCUGGGGGUGAAGGCCUCCUCCUGGGUGCCCCAUCUCCAGACCAGGAGGCUAGUGCUGCGUCGCAGUUGGAGGACCCUGAGGAUAUGGACGAGGACCCCAAAAUCCUCACCCAACUCCAGUCUGUGCCUGUGGAUGAGGACUUGGGUUUGUAA